AUGGCCAAAGACCAAGAGAAUGGCUCAGAAGUCGAUUCAGAGCGCCCAAAAUGCUUCAACAGCACAUUCCAAGAAGUUCUCUUCGUCCUAACUGCCACAAUGGCCAUUGGCCAGCAGUCAUUUUUCCAGGGCUGUAUUGUGGGAGUAACCGCAUCUAUUGGCAAGGAUUUGCAUAUGAAUGCCGCUGAAAUCACCUGGAUCAAUGCCGGUGCUUCCCUCACAAGCGGUGCGUUCCUACUUACCUUCGGGAAGUUAGCCGACAUGUUCGGACGGAAGAUACUCUUCAUCAUCGGCAUGGCUGGUUUCACCUUCUCGCUACUCAUCGCAGGCUUCGCAACAAAUGCCAUCUACAUGGAUGUCUUCUCGGGGAUUUUAGGUUUAUUCGCAGCCGCUGUCGUCCCACCCGCGGUCGGCGCCCUGGGUGCUUCUUACGAGAAGCCCUCGAAGCGCAAAAACCUUGCCUUCGCCUGCUUCAGCGCGGGAAACCCGCUUGGUUUUGUCGGCGGCAUGAUCAUCUCCGGUGUCGCGGCGCAUUUGUAUAACUGGCGUGCUUCUUUCUGGGCUCUCGCUGUUAUAUAUGCUAUCUUUACUGUUUUGACCGUGUGGACGGUUCCGGCUGAUGGGUUUGAUAGAACGCCUCUGAGCGUUAACGCUUUGAAGCAGUUUGAUCUUCUCGGGAUGGUGUUGGUUGUUGUUGGGUUUGCUUUCUUUUCGAGUUCGCUUUCUCUCGCUGCAGAUGCCCCGGAUGGAUGGAAAACGGGAUACGUCCUUGCUCUGUUUAUUGUGGGCUUUUUCCUUCUCAUGGCGUUUCUGUAUUGGCAGUCCGUUGCUACCAACCCUCUAAUGCCUCUUUGGGUCUGGCGAGAUCGUAAUUUCUCUCUGCUCAUUGGAACUUGCUGCAUUGGCUUCAUGGGCUUCUCUGCCGUCAGCUUCUUCCUCUCCCUCUACCUUCAAAACCUGAAGCAUAUGUCUGCCCUUGAGAUCACUGUCCAGCUGCUCCCAAUGGUUGUCAGCGGGGUGCUAGUCAAUGUCGUCUGCGGUCUGGUCCUGCACCGCGUAAGCAACAAAAUUCUAACCGGCAUCGGAGCACUGGCGUAUACAGUCUCGUUCCUUAUCCUGAGCUUCAUGACGCAAGAAGCUACCUACUGGGCAUUUAUCUUCCCAGCGCUAGUUCUUGUCGUUGUUGGUGCCGACAUUCAAUUCAACGUCACAAACAUGUAUGUGAUGUCCACCCUCCCACCCUCCCAGCAAUCCAUCGCCGGCGGUAUCUUCAACACCGUCAAUAAGCUGUGCAGCAACCUGGGCCUUGGCAUUGCUACUUCUGUGCAAAGCUCAGUCGCCCUUAGCAUGACUGCCUCCACGCCUGCCAUUCGGCCUUACCUCUCAGUUUAUUGGUUUGCGGCUGCGGCUUCGGGUGUGUCAUUGGUUUUGGUGCCGUUCUUGACGAUCGGUAAACAGGGAAAUGAUGUCCCGCAAGACGUCCGGCUGAUUCCCAGCGAGGGGACUGGUGAAGAGGUUGGCGAGAAGACAGCUGUUACUGUCAAUACCAAUUCUGUGAUUUCUUCUGCUGUUGAUAUCACGGAGCACGAGAAGAGGUAG